GAAGGCGGUGCUUUCAUCUCCCUCCCUUCAUCUCCAUCACCCUUCUCUCUCCUCACACUCUCCUACAGUUUUUCCUCGAUCGUCUCUCACCUCACCUCCGGGUUUUGUUGCCCGCCGCCCCGCGCUGCUCUGCGGUGUUGUGUCUUCGCGCUUUCAUCCUCCGCCUGCCUCAGUUUCCCUUGAGGAAGCAGCCUCAGGGGAGGCCUGUGCUGCUGUGAAAAUCAAGAACCUGAUACUGGGGAUGAUUAGAGGAGCCAUCCUGCUCUGUUUCCUGAAAAAGACAGGUGCUAAUGCAGGUGUUUCACUGACAGGCACUGGAGUCUCUGCAGAAUGGCAACUGCUCAGAAGCAAAGGAAUUCUGUGAGUGCAGUUGUAUUUCCCAAGAAAAUAGCCACGGAGCAGCAGUCCCUGAUGGUGGUGAAGAGGCUCCUGGCAGUGGCAGUGUCCUGCAUCACUUACCUGAGGGGAAUCUUCCCUGAAAGUGCCUAUGGAACCAGAUACAUGGAUGAUGUUUGUGUCAAAAUCCUGCGGGAAGACAAAAACUGUCCUGGCUCUACCCAGCUGGUGAAGUGCUGGCCAAUGUUGUUUGGUUUUUGCAGGAUGUUAGGAUGCUAUGAUGCCUUGCAGAAGAAAUACCUGAGACAGAUUGUCCUGGCAGUCUACACCCAGACAGAAGAUCCUCAGACAGUCACAGAGUGUUACCACUUCAAGUUCAAGUACACCCACAAUGGGCCACUCCUGGAUUUUGGCAGCAAGGACAAGAAGUCAGAGAGCCCCAUCAGCUGUGCAGACACCAAGAAGGCCAGCAUCCUCCUGAUCCGCAAGAUCUACAUCCUGAUGCAGAACCUCAGCCCCCUGCCCAGCGACGUCUGCCUCACCAUGAAACUCCUCUACUAUGAUGAGGUUACUCCCCCUGAUUACCAGCCUCCAGGGUUCAAGGAGGCCAAGGACGAGGGGCUGCUGUUCAAGGAGGAGCCCAUGUACCUGAAUGUGGGGGAAGUGCCAACACCUUUCCACCUGCUGAAACUGAAAAUCACCACUGAGAGGCAGCGCAUGGAGAGCGUUGACAAGAGCAUCCUGAAGCAGGGAGAGACUGCUGAGCCUCUCCAGCUGUGUGGGGGGAGCAGAGAGGACCCAGAGGAAGAGAGCCACGACAUGAAUGAGGAUCCUGCCUUGAAUAAUGAAGUGGAAGAGAAGAAUCAUGUGAAUAUUUCAGAAGCUCAAGGAAAGGAUUCAGCUCAUGAAGAGGAAGCUGGAGGGAUCCAGACUCCCCGCCAUGUUUCUAACCCUCAGGUUGAUCACUUGACUCGUAAAACAUCUGAGCUGAUUGUGUCAGAGAGCAGGACAAGAAGUGGAAAGAUAUUCCAGAGCUGCAUUGUGCACCAGGCUGAGCUCUCCUCCAGCCAGGACGUGCUGCCCAAAAGGAGGAAGCUCAGUGAGCCCAAGGAGCAGAUUUAGUUGCCCAAAGGGAUGAAACUCAGUGAGCCCAAGGAGCAGUUUUAUUUGCCCAAAAGGAGGAAUUUCAACAAGCCCAAGGAGCAGUUUUAUUUGCCCAAAAGGAGGAAUUUCAACAAGCUCAAGGAGCAGUUUUAUUUGCCCAAAAGGAGAAGCUCAACGAGCCCAAGGAGCAGUUUGAGUUGCCCAAAAGAAUGAAACUGAGUGAGCCCCAGGAGCAGUUUUAGUUGCCCAAAAGGAGAAGCUCAGCAAGCCCAAGGAGCAGUUUGAGUUGCCCAAAAAGAGGAAUCUGAACCGGCCCCAGGGGCAGUUUGAGUUGCCCAUCUCCUGUUUGGGUCCCCACCCCAGUUUGGUUGUGCACGUUGGGUUUGAGGAUCUGUUCUGCUCCGUUUGCAGUCCCGUGUGUUUCAAGGAAGGAAAGCCUCAGGAAGCCCAGCUGAAGAAUUCCAAACUCAGUUUGUGUGGGAUCCCAAAUCCCAGGAUUUGGGGUUUGUGGGGCGCUGAUGGUGGUGGAGGAAAUUCCCCCCCAGCACAAGGUUCCACCAGUGCCCGUGGUUCUGAGCUGAGGCCCUGCCUGCCCCAAAACCUCUCCAGUUUUGGGGUGAUUUCCAGAGUUUCCACGGGGCUGGGCUGCCAGUUAUUCUGUUACAGUUUUGGGUUCCAGAUUUUGUUUUUCCUGCGGGGACACUGGCAGGAGCUGGAUGCUCUGCAUUUCUUGCAGACCAGCAGCACCAUCAAUCCUCUUCACGCCUGCAAUUCCAGCCUCCCUGCCAGGAGUUUCGGUGUCCGUGGUUUGCCGGGGGACCGGGCUGUCCCCGGAGCGGUUUGUGGCGGGCGGGACACGGGGCACGGGCCGGCUCCUCCUGCCCCCGAGCCGUGCCAGGAACGGGCGUGAGGCCGCUCCCGCCGCCGGGCGGGACAGCGGAGCGUUCCUCGGGUUUGGCUUUUCGGUUAACGGCGGUGUUCGUCACCGCUGCUCCAUUAAACGGCGUUCAGCUUCGG